GAGGAGGCGCAGCCGGAGAGGGAGGAGGAAAAGCAGUAGGAGGGGAGACGAGGUGCCUGGGUUGGAGGAUGGAGCCCCGGGCUGCCGCGACUGGCGAGCCCGUGCGGGCCGCGUCCCCCUCCUUCCAGGCCCGGCUCUGGAAGAACCUGCAGCUGGGGGUGGGCAAGGGCAAGGGCGGCGGAGGCGGGCGCGCUGGGGGCCCCGAGCGCCGCACUGCGGCCACUCCGACCCCGUCCCCGCCGCCCCCGAGGGCCACGCAGGACACCCUGGCCGGUGUGGGAAGUACUGGCAGCAGGUGGAGCGGCUUCAAGAAGCGGAAGCAAGUGCUGGACCGAGUGUUCUCGUCCUCACAGCCCAACCUGUGCUGCUCCUCACCAGAGCCCCUGGAGCCGGGCGGAGCAGCCAGAGCCGAGCAAGGGUCCACGCUGCGCCGCCGCCUACGCGAACAUCUGCUGCCGGUGGCUAAGGGGUCCUCGACAGCCACAGGGACAGGCGGAGUGACGCCUCCUGGCGGACGCUCUCCGGACUCGGCUCCUUCUUCGUCUUCUGCCUCAUCCUCCCUGUCCUCUUCUCCCCAACCGCCCUCGAGGGGGGACCGCGUCCGUGAUGAGAGCACACGGCGUGGGGGCCCUGGGGUGCACUUGUGCCACCAAAAGAGCUCCUCUCUGCCGGGAACCGCGUGCCUGGAGCAGUUGCUGGAACCGGCGCCACCCCCAGCAGAACCGGUCCGGGGUCCCGCCGAACCCCAGGCUCUGCAGAAGGGCAUAGAGCGCGGCUGCAGCCAGAAAAUAAGUACAGUUGGAACCAGUAAUGCAGAUGUCCCUUUGGCUGAUCCCGGAAUGUACCAGUUGGAUAUUACACUAAGAAGGGGUCAAAGUUUAGCUGCCCGUGAUCGAGGAGGGACAAGCGAUCCAUAUGUGAAGUUUAAAAUUGGAAGAAAAGAAGUUUUUAGAAGCAAAAUUAUCCACAAGAACCUCAAUCCUGUGUGGGAGGAAAAGGCUUGUGUGCUUAUUGACCAUCUUAGAGAGCCACUAUAUAUCAAGGUAUUUGACUAUGAUUUUGGACUGCAAGAUGACUUUAUGGGCUCAGCCUUUCUUGAUCUCACUCAGUUGGAGUUAAACAGGUCCACAGAUGUCACCUUAACUCUGAAAGACCCCCAUUAUCCUGACCAUGACCUUGGAAUCAUUUUGCUGUCAGUCAUCCUUACACCUAAGGAAGGUGAACACAGGGAUGUGACAAUGCUAAUGAGGAAGAAUUGGAAAAGAUCCAGUAAGGAACUCUCAGAAAAUGAUGUGUUUGGAUUUCACUUCUCUGUGCAGUCUUUCUUUUGGAGGUUUCAGACCCAAAGUUUACGCCUGUCCGACCAGCACAGGAAGUCACAUCUUUGGAGAGGAAUAGUCAGCAUCACUUUGAUUGAGGGUCGAGAUCUCAAAGCAAUGGAUUCCAAUGGGUUGAGUGAUCCAUACGUAAAGUUCCGGCUUGGCCAUCAGAAGUACAAGAGCAAGAUUAUGCCCAAAACUUUGAACCCUCAGUGGAGGGAGCAAUUUGAUUUCCAUCUCUAUGAAGAAAGAGGCGGGAUCAUAGACAUCACUGCCUGGGACAAAGAUGCUGGGAAAAGAGAUGACUUUAUUGGAAGGUGCCAGGUUGACCUGUCUUCCCUCAGUAGGGAGCAAACGCACAAGCUGGAGUUACAGCUGGAAGAGGGUGAGGGCCACCUGGUUCUGCUUGUCACUCUGACAGCCUCGGCCACAGUCUGUAUUUCUGAUCUCUCUGUCAAUUCCAUGGAGGACCAGAAGGAGCGGGAAGAGAUAUUAAAGAGAUAUAGCCCACUGAGGAUAUUUAACAACCUAAAAGACGUAGGAUUUCUCCAGGUGAAAGUCAUCAGAGCAGAAGGUUUGAUGGCUGCAGAUGUCACAGGUAAAAGUGAUCCAUUUUGUGUAGUAGAACUGAACAAUGAUAGGCUGCUAACACACACUGUGUACAAAAACCUCAAUCCUGAGUGGAACAAAGUGUUCACAUUCAACAUUAAAGACAUUCAUUCAGUUCUUGAAGUGACAGUUUAUGAUGAAGAUCGUGACCGGAGCGCCGACUUUCUGGGCAGAGUGGCUAUACCAUUGCUGUCUAUUCAAAAUGGUGAACAGAAAGCCUACGUCUUGAAAAACAAGCAGCUGACAGGGCCAACAAAGGGGGUCAUCUAUCUUGAAAUAGAUGUGAUUUUUAAUGCUGUGAAAGCCAGCUUACGAACAUUAAUACCCAAAGAACGGAAGUACAUUGAAGAGGAAAACAGACUCUCUAAACAGCUGCUUCUAAGAAACUUUAUCAGAACAAAACGUUGCGUCAUAGUGCUUGUAAACGCUGCCUACUACGUUAAUAGUUGCUUUGAUUGGGAUUCGCCCCCAAGGAGUCUUGCUGCUUUUGUGCUCUUUCUCCUCAUUGUCUGGAACUUUGAGCUCUACAUGAUACCACUACUGCUGUUGUUACUAUUGACAUGGAACUACUUCCUGAUAAUAUCAGGGAAAGAUAACAGGCAACGGGACACAGUAGUGGAGGACAUGCUGGAGGACGAAGAGGAAGAAGACGACAGAGAUGACAAGGAUGGUGAAAAAAAAGGAUUUAUAAAUAAAAUCUAUGCGAUCCAGGAAGUCUGUGUCAGUGUCCAGAACAUCCUAGAUGAAGCGGCUUCCCUUGGUGAACGGAUAAAGAAUACUUUCAACUGGACUGUCCCCUUCUUAAGCUGGCUGGCCAUUGUAGCCCUCUGUGUGUUCACGGCCAUUCUGUACUUCAUCCCACUGAGAUACAUUGUUCUUGUUUGGGGAAUUAAUAAAUUUACAAAAAAGCUUCGGAGUCCAUAUGCAAUUGAUAACAAUGAACUACUUGACUUCCUUUCCAGAGUUCCUUCAGAUGUACAAGUGGUGCAAUACCAAGAACUGAAACCAGAUCAUUCUCAUAGCCCAUAUAAAAGGAAGAAAAACAACCUUGGCUAGCCAGCUCCGAGGAAAGCAGCAUGUUUGGGAAGAUAAAAGAAAAACUCGUCAGCCUCCGCAGCACUUCCUCUCUUUCUGCUUUUUAUUUAUCCCCCCCCCCCGCCUUUUUUUUAAAAUCAUGGUCGAGAACAUUUGUAAAUAGUGUACAAAAGGCAUACGUCUUUGAAAAUAUACUUCUACUGUAUACAGACUCAAUUUGAUAAGGGAUUUUAGCUAGUGGAGUGUGGAAGCCUUGUUAGCUAUAGAUAAUAUAACAAAGUGAAAUAAAAUAAUGGUUAUAAAACUGGAAGAUAUACAUUUUUCCAAUCACAAGAGAAAGAACCAGAAUAUUAGAUAAAAUGCUCAAUUAUGCUCUGGUUAACUUUCCAUAAAACGUAAAUGCCGAUUGAUCUUUAGGUUUUUUUGUAAUGCAACUAUUUCUUAUCUGAAAAGUAAUUCAUUAGUGCUUUUUUUCUGUUUAUACAGUCAAACGGGGGAAACCCCAAAGCUUGAAUAAUGGAAAUGUUUCACUUCAACUUAACAUACAUCAUGACUUCCACUCCUGUGUAAAUAAAUUAUGUAUGGCUAAGGCUGAUUUUAAGCUACAGGUACAUUCAUAUCUUUUCCUGUCUGCAUACACACAUAAUCCCUUAAGAGAAUCUGAGAGUCUAUGAAUAAGACUUUUAAGCCUUCUAUCAUUCCAUCUAAAAUCUUAAAGUCUCUUCAGAACUAUAUUAAAUAAAUACUGCCAGGUUUAUAAAUGAUUAUUAGGAUUUUAUAUAUACCGCUGUGUUUAGCAAAUUAUCAAGCCAAUUGUCAAGAAAAAAAAAAUACUAGCAAAAGAAAUCCCUACCGCAUUUGGUGUCAAAUUAUGCUCUUGUGCAUUAAAAAAAAUGUAUUAUUUAAGUGUCCUCUACUGGUAUAUUUCAAUGCAUAAUAUGAGUUUUUUCAUUAGUGAGUUUUAAUGGAGAGGAGAAUGCAGCUGGCUAAGUUAAAAAGGCCAGUGUUUUCAUUACACCACUUAUGAAGGUCAUUGAUAACGCAUAAAAACCUGUUUUGUAAAAUAACCUGCUUGUAAGGCAGUUUCCAUUAAAAAGGCUUCACUAACCACACUAUACUUCAAAUUGCAUUCCUAAAGCUAACGCCAGGGUCUACCAAGGGAACUACCUCUGCAGAGAUCAUCUGGCUGGUGAGAGUGUCUUCACUGACUCGUUAGAGGAAUCAGACUCAAUGGAAAUUGCUGCAUACAAUGUUUUGCACUAUUUUAUUAAUUACUAUUAAUAAACAGGUGGGGUGAGGUAAAGGUGGGGAUUGUGCUGGAAAAUGUAGAAAAGCAGAAAUAUAUAUUUCACUUUAAAGAUUCUUUAAAUCUCAUCAGAGCUGAUUUUUUAAAGUAUUUUUAUUUUAGAAAUAUGUUGUUAAAUACUAUUUCUUACAAUAAAACUAUUUUGAUGUUUAUACACUAUGCUUGGAAGAAUGUCAACUAAAUUCCCUUUCUACAGAAAGACUUUGACCUCAAUAUGCUCUUGUGUAUCAUGUUUAAAAUGACAUGUGUGCAUCUGCAUUCCAUCACUGUUUGUUGCAAAAACAUACUUUAUGAAGCUGAUGUAAUACCUAGUUUAUUGAUGAGAUCAUUAGUUUGGUAUAAAUUCUGAUCAUACCUGUGAGAUUUAUUAUGUUCUGUGCAGACAAUGUCUAUUUAAAUGUCUAUAAGCCUGACAUUCUAUAACCUCAGAUAUACCUAGUGGAUGCAACCAUUAACAGAUGACUGAUUUUGUUUAUUUCAUUGUGUAAGAUUUCAGAUGUUUAAUUCAAUAGUAAUGCUGACUACAUAUUCACUGCAUUAAAUACACAUGGAAAUAAUCUUUUUAUGUAUAAUCUUUUGUUCUGAGUUAAGAGGUGCAUGGUGGGGUCCUGGGUGCAUAUACUCAUUAAUGACACUUCACUUGGGGAGUGUGUGUGUGUGUGUGUGUGUGUGUAUGAACAGGGCUAUUCAUGAAACCCUAACUAUGGUAUAAACUCAGUACCUUUGGCA